AUGUCACAGCCAGCAACUUCCUCGACACCUGUGAAUGGCGACACCAUCGCGCCUCCUUCAUACACAGCUAAGCCUAGCGCUGAACCGCCUACGGACGAGAAGAUUGCCAUUGAACAGCGACACGUUAACGACGAUAACCUACCCGAAGUCGUGGUCGAGCCAGCGCAUCAAUAUCCCCCUUCGCAAACAAGCCCGCAGACGAGUCCCCCACCACCCGUAUCGACUGUUUCGCCUGUACCCACGAACGCGAUGUCUUGGGACGGAACACAAUCGCCUCCAAUCUUGCAGCAUCCUAGUCUUGCGCAACAGCAAUAUGCAGGACAAGAGGGCAUGUCUAUUCAGAUGCAACCGCAACCUCCCAUGCAGCGAAGCGGUCCCACAGUUACGCCUUUACAUUUACUAGCCGACCAAGCUGAUUCCGUCGACUGCCCGUUCUGUCAGCACCAGACCGAGACAAAGGUCAAGAAGUCAGCGUCUGGAAUGACACACGUCUACGCCGCCGCGCUCUUUUUCGGAACCUUUUUCGGCGUUGUUUGCCCUUACAUCUGCCAUUGCGCAUCAAACAUCAACCACUACUGCAAGAACUGCGGUCGCAAAGUCGCCAUGCGCGAAUACAGAGGCGAAAUGAAGGCUUUGGGUACACCAGACCAUUUAAGGGAGGCUUCCAAGUAUCCUGCUGCACCACCGCCUGCGCCGAAUAAAUAA